AUGUUUACCACCCAGCUGCAAUACCAACAGGAGGACUGCUUUGCCAAUGUGGUGCAGGAUUUUCUCAUCUGCACCACGAUACACAAGGCCCGCCAUUUGGGUGUUUUCCAGGGUGAAAUCUAUGUCCGGCUGACAUUGGACAAAUGGUCAAGGCAUACCAAAGUUUUUGCUAAUUCAGAAAAUCCCUACUUCAAUGAGUAUUUUGUGUUCGAAUUGAAAUGCACCUUGGCGGAACUGUUGCGCUUGACCAUACGCUAUGAGGUCAAACGGCAUACGACAUGUCGCCGAAAUCCCACACUGGGUGAGCUGCUGGUGGACAUGCAAAGCGUGUGGCACCAACGAAAUCGUUGUUACUUCAAGAAAUGGGGACGAUUGGAGGCAGUCGUGGAGGAACAGGAAUCCUCAAAGGGGAGAGGAGAUCUGCCAUCUAAUGACCCCAAAGGCUAUUUGCAAAUUGAUUUGGCCAUUGUCUCGCAGGCCACAAAUCCUCAGACCAUUCUGAGGCCAGGUGAGGAGGAUGAGGAUACGAUGAGCGUGACCACAAAUGUUUGGCAAAUUAAUCAGGAUUAUGAUAAUAUUGAGAGGAAUCUACUGGAUAACAUGGCAGCGGAUGUGCAGUGCAAUAUUCUUUAUAGUGUCAGAUUUUAUAGGGGAGUUAUGGCCAAGAAGUCGGAUUAUUUGAUACAAUUCAGAUUCCAUCCCUUUAGAGGUAAAUCGGCAAUCGUCAAAAAUUCCCAAUUCCCGGUGUGGAAUCAGGAAAUCCAUUUCUCUUGGAUAUAUCCCUCGCUGGCCCAAACUCUCUUCCUACAGCUAAUGGCCCACGAACAGCUGCAAUGGAAAUGCGUGGCCGAACAGGAAAUACAUUUUCAGGAUAUAGCAUUUAAAGAUAAACCUGCCCUGGGUCCCACCUUUAUACACUUCUAUGACAGCCUGAAUUCCUCGAAAUAUAUUGGCCGUGUUUUGAUGGAAAUUCGUUCGGAAUGUUUGCAAACACCCCCACCACCUGGGCGGAAUUUAAAUAUCAAGUCCAUACAACCCUUGGAUGAGUCACGCCAUUGGCAGGAGGAAACAUUUGUGCUGGAAUUUCUAGCUCUGCAAGGGGAGUUUGUUCAUGGCAAUUGCAGUAAUUUGAAAAUUUUGAUGAAGAUGGGAGAAACUGCUUCAAACUCCGUAGAAUGUUUCCUCAAACCAUACUCCUGCAAAAAAGGUCUGAAAAUUGCCAAACCUUUGAAAUAUUUUCGCCAAGAAUCACCCUACAAGGCCAUUACAAUGCAUCUGCAAUUACCAGACUAUCGCCAUAAAUAUGAAGGUGAGAAAUUUAUCAAGGAAAUGAUUCAACAUAUCAAAGAGGAAAUGGAAAAUUUUCGACAAUUCCAACUUUUAUACGGGCAGCAACAGCAGGCCCAGUUGAAAAUAUUAAGAGAUAUAGUUACAAGGCUAAUGGAUUUUAUUAAGGGGGCCAUGGAGUCGCGAAAGCUGGAAUAUCGUGGAAACAAAGAACCCACACAGUGGGAUGUGAAACGUUUGCUGUAUUUGCGGGAGUAUUUUCUUAAAUUUUCCGAAGAACUUCGCAAUUUAAAAUCAAAGCUAAAACCUGGUGAGGAGAGGACCUUGAUUCCCCUCAUUGAGGAUGUGUUACAGAGCCUUUCAAAAUCGAUUCCUAAACUUCAAAAUUUGUUGUCCUUAAAUCGUUUGCAAGAUGAGUGGCCGGAAUUGAUGUUGGUUUUGAAUUCCAGCAACAAGGAGUUGGGAUUCUGCCGCUUAAAUCCCAAAAUUUUUGUUUUUCCUGGGCAGGAUCGAACUGUAAAUACUGAUGCGGAGCAGUGCUGGAAGGUGCGUAAUUUUGUGUUCAAGGACCCUCAAUGUCAGCACACCUGCAGCCAGUGCGGCUGUAUUGUGGCCAUUCUGUUGGGCUGCCUAGGCAUUGCCACCGAAAAAGAACGUUCAAAUUUCUUGCAUACAAUAAAAUCUGAUUGGUCCAUUCCAGAACCCUUCUAUUACAGGCCCAUCGUCCUCUCCACCAGCUACAAAUGCCGUGUAUUUAUACACCAGGCCAAGGUGAGGCCUGGAGCCGAUCGCAAUGGCCUCUGUGAUCCCUAUGUGCGCAUUAUGUUUGGCUCCCAUGCCGCGGAGACACCAGUGCUCUUUGCCACCCUGUCGCCCAUUUGGAAUGCCGUGAUAUCCCUAGACAACCUUACCUUACCGGGAAAUCCUGAGUGGUAUGGCGGAAAUAAUGGCCCUCUCCUAGCCAUCGAAUUGUAUGACACGGAUAAAAGAACAGCCGAUGAUUAUUUGGGUUGUGGCAUCCUUCCGAUGGCUGUUAUGUCGAAGAAGGGACAACAGAGUUUGGAAAAUGAAAUGCCCAGCCAAAAACUGCAGGCCAUGCAAAGCAGACAUGCCUUAGAAAAAUUCCAGGCCUUGCGGAGUUUAUCACCACCUCCCUUGAGGUGGCUGCCCAUGGCGUUGAGUGGUAUAAUCAGGGCAGAGAUUUUGAUCUCAGCCGAAUUGGUGGAAAUGGAAGGGGAAAGUGAUGAGGUUGGCUUGUCAGAACCUGUGGUCACGGUGGGUAUACCACCCGCUAUAAGGCCGAAUAUGAAGAAUUAUGUGUUGGAGGUAACUUUCGCCGGUUUACGAAAUUACACCAAAUCUAGGAUGUUUUCCGGGCGCCAUAGAGUCAAGUUAAUGAUGGCGGAUCUUCUGCUGGUCAGUGGCCUGUCAACCUCCAGGCUGAGGAAUAGCUUUAAUUUCCUGAUUUCCUAUGGCUCGGGAGUGGUGAGCCUUCCGGACCAGUUGGAGUACUGGCCCGCAAUUAUUGCCACAGAUAUAAUUUUAACCUCCAAGGAUCAGGAAACCACUGUGGGGGCAGUGCUGAUAGCCAAUACCAAACGUUACUUAGCUUUCCAGAAGUUACAAAAAUGUGUGCCCCUGGAUGAUGAGGAGGAGAUAUCGGAGGUGGAGACUACCACAACCUUGAAUUUCACUCCCGAUGGUGACAACGAGUCCCAACCCCUUUUAAGGCAAACCAAACAACCCUCAAAGUGGCAGAGAUUUAAAGGACUUUUUCACAAAAAAUCUCCCAGAAAAAUCAAGCCCCCAAAUGGCGCCCAAGCGUUAAUGGACGAAUCUCAAUUCAAUUGGUGGACCAAAUUUUAUAAUUCCCAAAGUUUUCCCGAGUCCUGCAGGGCCUUGUGCCAACUGAAACAUCGCUUAUGUGUCUACCACACUGAGCUGGAAAAACAAGCGGAAUUUAGUUAUCUCUCUGACUGGGCGGAACCCUUUCAAUUGGUCCAUGGGGUGAGGAGUAAAACCAAUUCUCCCACCAAAGAUGAAAUCUAUGCCACCCUGAAAAUGAAAUUGAAAUUGACGGCAUGUCAAUGUGGGCGCUCAGAAUGGCAGGAGGGCUCGAUGUUGAGGCCCUUGGUCACCGCCAUGAAUCCUCGCCAUCAGAUGCAGCUGCAAUCCCUGGCGGAUUUGGUGAAGUUGGUCGUCAGGGUCUAUGUUGUACAAGGCCUGCAGCUACGCCCCGUGGAAAAACAUGCCCAGGCCGAUGCCUAUGUUCGAGUCCAGCUGGGCCAGAGGCAGCUGACGAAUCGUGCCGAACAUGUGCCCAAUGAAAGUAAUCCGAUAUUUGGAAAAUGUUUCCAAUUGGAGGGUCUGAUGCCAAGAGAACAUAUUUUGGAGGUAUCGAUAUUCAAUCGCCACAGUUUGAGAGAUGAACCCAUUGGCUCCACUCACGUUGACUUGGAGGAUAGAUGGCGAUGUCAGCAUCGAGUCACAGUUGGCAUUGCCAAUGAAUUUUCCAGUUUUGGCUACAACAAAUGGAGAGAUCUGCAAACGCCCAGAGAAAUUUUGGAGGAUCUCUGUCGCAAAAAUUUCAUCAAAUUACCACGCUACCGAGAUAAUGCAAUUGAGGUUGAUGGGGUGACUUUUGAAGAUGAAACGGAGAUUUCCUUAGAUGAGGACCUCCACGAACGCCUGUCUCUGACCGCCUUGAAAAAUCUCCAAAAACUACCCUCCUUUGGCUACAAGCUGGUACCCGAACACGUGGAGACAAGGUCCUUGUAUCGUCCCGAAUGUCCUGGAAUAGAACAGGGCAAAUUACAAUUAUGGCUGGAGCUGUACGAUGGCAAUCUUAAUUUACCACCGGCCAUUGAUAUUACACCGCAGCCUCCAGAGCUAUUUGAGUUGCGCCUCAUCAUAUUCAGUGUCAGCGAUGUGGUCCUGGACGAACGCAAUAUUUUCGGCAAUGCCAUGAGUGAUAUCUAUGUCAAGGGCUGGUGUUCUAAUCCUGAUGAGGCCCAGACCACAGAUAUCCAUUACCGAUCAAUGAAUGGCGAGGGUAAAUUUAAUUGGCGCAUGAUAUUCCCAUUGAAAUAUAGCAGCAUUGAAGAUAUGAUGUUGGUAAAACGCAAAACCGGUCUCCUUGAGGAAUAUCACCGCAAACAACCGCCCCAACUCUCACUACAAAUCUGGGACGAUGACAUUAUAUCACAGGAUGAUUUUCUCGGUUCUUUGGAAAUAAAUCUCUCCAAUUUUCCCCAGCCCUUUGAGACGGCCAAGCAGUGUCAAUUAACAACAUAUGAAAGUGUGUUGAACACGCAAAUCGCUGGACAUCGAAAACCAUGUCCUGCCGCCACCGCCGCCAGACGUCUCGUGAAUCUUUUCCGUGAAAAGAAAAUACGUGGCUGGUUUCCGGUACGCGGUAAUAUUCCCGAAAUGAACAAUAAAUUGGGUUUGGCGGGGAAAAUCGAUAUGGAAUUGGAGCUGUUGACGGAAAAGGAAGCGGCCACAUAUCCCGUGGGUUUGGGUAGGAAUCCACCGAAUGCACUGCCGGAACCAAAACGACCGCCAUCCUCCUUUAAUCCCCUCACAAAUCCCUGGAAAGGCUUCAAGAGAAUUAUUGCCCCAAAUCUGCUGAAAUAUUUAAUCGUACUGGGUCUCGUGGCUUUGCUGGGAUUUUUCCUAUUUCUAUUGAUUAUGAAUUUGCCAAUACUGUUGCAGCAAUGGGUUUAUUAG